AAAUAAAUAAAGAGCAAGUGUUUAUUAUGACCACUAGAUGACAGUAGCCCUAUACAAAUAUGUGUGUGGUGUGGUUUGUGGGUAAAAUCUCUAACGCUGAAUGACAAAGCUGCCUACACCGGAAAUAGUGUCUUUUGUCUUCAAGAAAUAAGAGCACAAUUGUGAUCACACAAGUUGUGAAUUACAAUUAAUGUGAGGCCAUGGAAUAACAACGACAGAAAAUGUAUUUAUAGGAGAAUCGGUGGAUUUUCAGACAUUAAUUAAUAUGUAUUUAUGCAUGAAUGUCUUUGCUUAAGAAUCUAAAAUUUAGUUGAGCACUAAGUGAAAAAAAUGUCUUCAGAGCUCCAUCCUUUAAUAAAUGUUGUAUCAACUCUUUUUUUGAUUGUGACGUUAAUAUAUUUAAAGAUAUUCACGCGUAACAUGCUCCGGAAAUUGUAUGUUAGUUAUAUGUAACUUGACGCUAGUGUCUCCGGGGGGGUUAUCGCAGUAACGAGCAGAGGUGUGUUUAUAUGUGACUUUUUUUCACGCCCCUCACACGCUCAUUGUGUGGUUCAGGCUGUUCAGGCUCCACUUCACUUCAGUUUGACUGAACUUCUCUGGGCUGACACAUGACUCCACUGCCUGAUCUCUGAGACACAACAAUGACCACGGAGCCAGGAAAGUUUGGAGAAAAGUUAUCUUUACGCACGGAAGUGUCGUUGGAGGGACUCAGGGGUAUCAGCAGCUGUGCGCCCAUGGAUCAGGAUCAAGCUACAAGUGGCUGUUUCUGUGCGUCCCUGUGGAGAUUCAUUUGAAGAGUCGGGAGGAGACUUAACUGGCUCACUUUCUGCCGGGGAUGCAUCGGUCUAUCCUUGUUGGAUUUACCACAGUUUAGAAAACUUUGAGCUGGAAACUGAAAAGUUCUUUGGCCUUUCUGUUAACUUUUUCUUUAAAGGUGAAAGGUGUGCUGAACAACCUUUGGAUCUUAACACACACGCUGUGAAGUCGCGUUUGGUGACAUUGGAUCAACUUUUACGCACGCGAUUUUUGCAGCAAAUGACAGCUUUUACGUGGUUUGUUCCUCUCCCACUUUAUUCUUUUUGCUCCAUUCACCGAUCCCAACAACCGCUUCACUUCCACCUGGUCAGACGCGGGGACUAAAAGCACCUCGCCGUCUCUUCCUGUGCGCCGGCGUGCGGCCGCGGGCCACCGGGUCGAGGAUGCGGGUGGGAGGAUUCCAGAUGUCGGUCACCGUAAUCAUGGCACUCCUCAUGGUCGUCAUGAAAGUAAAGGCUAGCGGGGAAUACUGCCACGGCUGGCAGGACACCCAGGGCGUGUGGAAGGAAGGGUUCCAGUGUCCGGAGAAGAUCGACGGAGAUGACGCGAUCAUCUGCUGCGGGAAAUGUGAGCUGCGGUACUGCUGCUCCAGCACUGAGGCACGGCUGGACCAGGGCAGCUGCGAUAACGACCGACAGGCGCAGGAGCCCGGGGCCGACAGCAAAGACAACAAGGAGUCUGAUGCAGUUCCCAUCUACGUGCCCUUCUUGAUUGUGGGCUCCGUGUUUGUGGCAUUCAUCCUGGUGGGAUCCGUGGUCGCCGUCUGCUGCUGCCGUUGCCUCCGACCCAAACAGGAACUGUCAUCUGGAGGGGCGACAGGAGGUGGGGCCGGCAGCGGACGUCUCCUCGAAACCAUCCCAAUGAUGGCCAGCACUUCCCGAGGCUCCUCGUCCCGCCAGUCCAGCACCGCCACCUCCUCCAGCUCCUCCGCGCCGCCUUCCGCGCCCCGCCCCGCCCCUCCCCCCCUCAUGAGAGCUCAAGCCUCUUGCUGCCUGCCGCCUGACGCCAGCGUCUUCGUCAACAUGCCCACCAACUUCUCCGUACUCAACUGCCAGCAGGCCACCCAAAUCAUGCCCCACCAAGGACAGUUCCUGCACCCGCAGUACAUCGGCUACGCUCACCCCGUGUCUCCCACUGCUGCCUUCCUGGACCCCAUCCAAGGAGGGUACAGGCCAAUGCAGUCGCCGUGUCCUCCCACGGGAGGCUCGAGUGUCACCGGUGACCAGAAAUACCCUCCUCUGACGGUGUGAUGAGAGGCCAACACGCAGACCACUCUGCCAAUGACUUUUGUGAAGUUAAACCUGUGAGGCUGCAUUAGAGACCUUUGGAGAGGCUGCCAACGUGGAAAAAAGAAAGGCAGGGAGUCAAACUCACACCAAGGACUCAUAAAGCCAUUGCUGGCAGCGGGGCCUGCCUGACUUCUUGUGUGUGGUGUGUCUGUUUAAGUGUGUCAUACGUGACCUCUUGCCAAGCUGGAAUGAGCUAAGCUCCGUGUAUGGUGGGGUUGGAUGGAUGAAUAAACAAGUUUCUGUCUGGAGAUGCAAACAUUGGGCUGAAUAUCUGAGCGUUACACUGCCCAGAUGUGUGAUAGCACACAGCCCACUGCUGCCUGCAGCUGAAAUAUAGACUGUGUGUGUUAGUGUUUGCAUGUAUGUGCAGAGAGAGUGAGAGAAAAAGUUUGUUGGCUUGUAUUCGCCUGAAUGAAUGAUGUAUGCUUGAUUUAUAGCAAUGAAUUGUAUGAAAAGUGGCUUUUUCAACAUCGCAAAAAAAUCUACGACCACAGGCUGUGUUUAUGCCGUGUGCAUAUGUGGUUUAUACACUACAGAAUAUAUGUUUGUGUGGAGACGUUUGUACGGUGCGUCUGGGAGAGUGUGAAGUGUGCAGGGCUGCGGUCGUGUGAGUAACUGUGAGUGUGUGAUGGGAAAUGCAGGUGGUGCAGUGUGAACGGCAGUUGCGAUCUCCCUGCAGAGCAAUUAAACUCAAAUGAAGCGGAGGCUGGACGCAGACUGUGACGCUACACCUUCCUGUACAAACGCCCUCAAACCACCCGAAAAAUCUAGGCAACAGAGAGAGAGGGGGUGGGGGGGGCAGUCCUCGGGGUCAAACAGCCUGAGGUGGAAGCAGAAAAGAUACAAAAAUGAAAGAAAGCUCAUGCACGGCCGGUGGUUAAUGUAGCUGACCGGUGUGAGAGUGUGACAGUGGGGGAGUGUGUGGCUGCCCUCGGAAGAUUAGAGUUAAUUAUACAGUGAAAACUGCCAAAUGCCCCCUUCACUUCUCUGCUCUGAGUGUGUGUGUGUGCAUGUGUUUAACUCUCCCCACGUUCAGUGCAUUAACAGAGGGCACAGGCAGCUCCGGGGCAGCUUUGAGUCAUUACUUUCCACUUAACACGAGGCUCAGAAACGUUGGUUAUUGGUUGUAAAAUAAAGAAUAACAAUAAAAAGGAUGUUUCCGCAGCAUAUUCACAGAACUGCUGGGCAGCUGGGAGGUACUGGUGACCGGUAAUUAACGGUGAAUCUGCAGCCUGAGAAACGUGCCGCUCCACUGAGCGUGCAGCCUGACAUGUCCCACUACACUAUUACUAAGACCAGUCCGUCUGUGACUGGUCUCCAACGUCUGCACCCGUCGGUGAGGUGCAGCAGGCAGCUGCUACCAGGAGUGGGCAGAAGAAUCUUGGGUCUAAUGAGUUCGUUGAUAUGGGGCUGACACUUUUCAUGUGAAUGGAUUUUGACAAUAAACAACUUUUAAACCACAAAAAAAAGUGUUUCAAUUCAUGCGUUACAGUAGGAAUUCACCGUGGAACAAAAUGUCUCAACAAAAGCAGUUAUUUUCUCUAAACCUUUGAUUGGAGUUGAUGUUACUGAGGGACAAAUGUUGUCACACCAACACUUGGCGUAAAGGCUUAGUUAAUAGGUGUAAGUCUGUCUAAUGAAUAGCUUUACAAAAGAAUCGUAUCUGAGAGGCCAAAUCCCCGUUAAACACCGUGUUAAGCUGUUGAGAAACACUAAGUAGAAACAUUCACAGACGGCUGAACAAAUAUCAGUCACGUCACCAGGAGAAGGAGGUGUAAGAAACCACAACAAUGGACACUUUAAAUCUGUGGCUGUGUAGAAGUGAACCUUUGGCAGGAACCCCGCAGGAACCUCGGCUGCAGUAAUGCAGAGAAGUCGCUGGGGAGGAGGUGAAACGCACAAAGGGCUCUCUGGGCCCUGCUCCGCCGCGCUCCGAUGGAUUCUCCAUACUGGAGCAGCUGUGGCUGGUUUGGGCUGGGUCACAUCCAGAAAGGUGGGUGGGAACGGGAUCUCCAGUUGGACUGCGUUGUCCGGCGGCUGGGGUGUGCAUUAAUGGUUUAACGGUCCAUCUCCAUCGACUCUCCUGAGGUUAGAGAGAGAGCGUGGGAGAGGUGUGAUGGAUGGCUCUGUGAAACUGUGCGUUUAACACAAACCCUUUUUGUUCAUUUUCAAGCAUAAAAUAAAAAUCCAAACCUUCAGUGCAGACACAGUUCGACACAGACAGACGUCACCGUGGAGCUGGGAGCCACGGUAACAUUCAACAGACGGAGACGUGUUUUUGUCAGGCCAUGGAUUGAUUAGAUUUAAUGAUUAGGACUUGAGUGGACACCUCCCUCCCUCCCCUCCUCUGUCUUCCACCACUGCAGGCCUGCAUUCCUGAAACAGUGUCUUCAACACAGAGCAACAAUAGACUCUACACUCAGACAAUGGCCAGAGCCAGAAAAACACAUGAUGCAGGCGAGAGUCCCAAUCCGGUCCCUUCUGUUUCAACGCCGAUGAGCAGUAGUUCAAAUGUUCCCUCUUGGACUUGUUGUGACACAUGGAUACAAAAACAGGCAGAGAAAAAAAACUGAUAUACAAACACGUGUACACUGACUUCACUUAAAAAAA